AUGCCCGCACGUACCCGUAAGCUCGGUAUCAACAAUAGGGACAAGAGCGCUCUUGGUUUCUCAGAGGAUGACUUUUGUCGUCACUGGGUCUCUGCCGAUGUGUGGAAUCCGCGCAAUGCUGAUCUGAGAGUUGCCUUCAAUCAACAAGACAACGGCUUUGAGCAUCUCAAAAUCGCGGCUAUGCCUUUGAUCGGCACCAACAUCAUCGAUGCGCCAGACUUUGCCAACCUCGGCCUCGAAGAAGAGACGAAAUACCUGGGGAUGCUUCGCGACAAGCUCAGCCUGGCCAAAGACUACAUUCUCAAGGAGAAGGAGCUAUCGCUCGAUCCCGACCGCGUUGGCAUGCGCCACGAGACAACGCCAGUAAUUCUCGCCGUACCACCUAUUAUGAUCGAUAUAUACUCUCAGCAGAUGACCCGACUGCUCAUUGAAACGGCGGCAGAGCUCCUUAGGUUACACGCCGAAAGUCCGGAGGAUGAAUCCAGUGCCGCACUAGAUCAGCUAAUGCGAGAUUACCUGGAGUUCUGGGUCGGGUUGCAGACGAGCCUUGUAUGGCAGCUUCCUGGGAAUAACGAAGAGGACAAGACGAACAAGGUAGAUAGGAUUAUGGAUGAGAUACUGGAAAAGCUGGUUGAGCCUUGA